AUGGAUGAUUGGAAAUCUUCAUUGAUAUUAUCUGACCUCCAAGCGGCCUGUAACGCCCUCGGAGGUUGGGAAGACGCCGCAUACGUGAAAGAAGCUGACUGCGUCGAAAGUUUGAAGGAUCUCUUCCGAGCCAUUCGGCGGGAUGACGAAUCAUUCGCGGUGCGCCGGGCGCUCGGACAAAUCAACGUCAUACGCACUGAUCUCAUACCUCUGGUUCGAUUCUAUCACGAGGAUGAAGAAAUAUUCGACAUCGCUACGAAGCUUCUUGUCAAUCUCACCACACCAGUCAUACUCCUCUACAAGGAGGAGCUGCCGAUCGAGAAGAACGCGAGGCACAUUUACAUGACACUGGAAUCUAUGAACUGCACAUACAAAGAUGCGUUCUUGGAGAAAGAGAUUUGGACGGUGCUCGGCGAGCGACUCGAAAAACUUAUGAACUUGAACUACAGCGAAAGGAGUGAUGAAGACAAGGAGAUCAUGGAAAGGAUUUUGAUCCUGAUGAGGAAUGUGUUGCAUCCGAUCCACAAAGAAGAACUCACGCUGAAAACCGAUGGCGAUGUAUCGAGUCACGACAGACUCCUCUGGGCUCUCCAUCUCGCUGGUAUCGAUGACCUCAUCAUAUACUUGUGUGCCGCGCGCAUGGAGCAGAGUUACACUCUCCACGUAUUGGAGAUCCUCCGUCUGAUGCUACGAGAGCAGGAGCCCGAAUUUCUUGCGUCAACCGGAGAACAGCGCUCGAAAGACGAGGUCCAGAAAGAAGUCGAUGAACUGAUCAAAGAACGGGACAUCGAGCUACGACGCAAGAAACUCGAGAUGAAAGCAGCCCUGCAGAACCGAUUCGCGAGAUUCAGCUCCGCGUAUCAGGUGAAGAACUUGAAAUCUCUCAACGAUUCUCGAGAUCUGGUGAUUGUUGGUGACCAAGCGAAGGUUUUGCAAUCGUUGAGCAACGUCGACCUGGAUAAGAAGAAAAAGUUCCGUGCCAGAGCCAAAAACCGUCGACCGGAAACGUGCACCUCGAUCAAGCGCCGCACAACUCUGAACAUUCGGCUCUUCUUGAAGGAAUUCUGCUGCGAGUUUCUGAACUCCGCAUUCAACUCACUUCUGCCCCAGGCUCGUCGGGCCCUCACCCGAUCUGGAGAUGCUGGGGACGAAGGACACUACUUCUGGUUGCUGGAUUUCUUCUUAGCGUUCAAUCGAAUGACGGGAUUCGACAUCUCGCUUGUGUCUGAAGCGAUAUCCCGGGAGACCUUCCAUUACGUUCAGACACAGGUGGAAAAAUGUCACGAAAUGAUGAUGACCGACAAGCGUAAUGUCCAUCUGUGGGUGAAACGAUUGCACCUACAUCUCAAAACAUUCAAACAGCUCCUCAUGACGGUGUCAGCCAUGGGCCAGCACAAGGAUCCCCAAGUCUGCGAAGCAUCGAAAAUUCUCCAGAAACAUCUCUUCAACCUCCCGGAAUACCGCGAUGUGGCUCUGCAUUUGUUGCUCAACUUCAACGAAAACGUCGCUCCCGUAGAAUUCCCACGGGACUUGGCCUGCACGAUACACAUUUACCUACGCAUGAUGGAACGUUGUUCGAGCCGCGGCCAGGCCAGAGCCGUCAAGAAGAAGGUCGCGAAGCCGAAACCCCCAGAGCUCGCGGAUAUGCCAGAGGAAGAACUCAAUGAGAAGUGGCUCGACGUUUCGAAAGAUCUCACGACGUACCUCGACGAUCAGGAAUCACAGAUAAACUGUGACAUAAAUGAGGUCCUCGAAGGGUUUCAUCAGUACGAGGAGGGCUUCCACGUUCAGAUCUGCAAACACAAGAUCGCGGAGCUUCUGAGAGUCGGUGAUUCGAAGUCCGCGAUCGGUCUACUCGAAGCGUGUCAACGACACUUCCCCGAGGAAGAAUGCUUCGGAGAUAUCACGAUGACGCUCGAGGAUAAAUUCAUGCUCCUCAGGAAGUUUUUCUUCGCUGAGAAUAUCAGCAGAAUGGAUGACAUGCCGGACUUGGACGACGAUGAUUCCAGGAUGGCAGACUUCAAUGUCGACGAUUUCCUCAAACGCUUCGUCAACCCCAAGGUCGUGAAGGCCUAUUCGCUGCUCCUCUCCCACUUCCGAGAGAACUCGCAAGAGGUCAACAAAGUUUGUCUCAAGAUGCUGCAUCGUAUCGCCUUCGAGAUGAAAAUGUCCGCCAUGCUGUUCCAGGCAGAAAUAUUCGUGACGUUCGAUAAGAUUUUCGAGGACUACGCCAUCAUGCCCGAGAGAUCCGAUUUGAAGGAACUCGCUCGUUUCGCGAAGUUUAUCAUCUCUCAGUUCGCUGCCGUGAUGAAAAUCAACGAUCUGGCUCUCGUUGAGUUGUUGUUCUGGAAAACGUCGAAUGAAGCCUACCAGAUCCAAUAUGGUUACAACGAAUCCAAUCCGAACAGCACCAACAAGGCGAAGCCGUGGACCGAGGAGGAAGAGGAGGAAUUACGAAAUCUGUAUGCUCAACACAAAGAUUCGAUGGAGCCCGGGCAGGACGUGAUCGAGUCCGUACAGAAAGACUUCUCCAACGAGACCCGGACGAGGAGACAGAUCAUAAAUCAAUUACGCAACAUGGGAUUGGUCGAGAAAGGCGCACGCUUCAAACCGACGUCCGCGAGCACUUCAUCGAACCAACCGUGGUCCAUUGAAGAGGAACAGGAGCUGCAGGAGCUCUAUCAGAAGUUCGCCACAUCCAUAGAUCCUCUCACGCAAAUCAUGUUGGAGCAGUCUGUCAAGAGACCGAAAUUCCGGGUGAUUGAGAAGCUCUUGGAGCUCGGCUGCAUUCACGAUCGUUCGGAGGUUCGGAAACGACGCGCGCGUAAAAACGGAGAAAUCUCUCUACCGCGGAAACCUUCGAGGAAGAGAGAGAACGAUCCGAGCUGUAUCAGUAAGGAGUUUCUAUCCACGACGGAUGAUUCCAGUUCCGAUGAGGAUCGCGGUCGUCAUGUCGAGGAAGGAGAAACUUUCGAAGGAGAGCGAGAGCGUCCUGAGGGCUCGUCGGCUCCCCCGAGGGGUCGGGAUCGUAGAAAGAAGAAGAAUCGGCGCUCGAAACCGAGGCGGAGAGUUGUGGAGAAAAUCAACAACUCGGAGGAGCUUCAAUGCCUUCUCAAAACGGCAGCCCAGACGAGGAAACCUGCGAUCGAUUGGAUUAUAGAGUCCAUGCAAGACGCUAUUGAGGAUUGGAAAGACCAAGGCAAUGAGCCCGUGCCCCUGGUCCCGUUGGCGUCUGAUGAACACGAAAGUCUCGAGAACGAAGACUUUUGUAGAUUGUUGUCGACUUUCGGUUUCGUUCCGCCUCAAGAGGGGAUUGAACAGUAUUGGAGAAUAGCGGGCGACCUCACUCCGUCGAUGCUGAAGUCAAGGCUCGAAGUCCUGCAGAAAGCGAUCGAAGGGACAUUCGAUCAGGGAAUCGUUGUCGGAACCGAAGACAAUGAGGCUCAGCGUCAAUCGGACGAGGGCUGUGCUUCAAGUUCUUCCGAUGACGGAACAGCAAACAAAGCAUCCGGGACGCGGGAAGAGAAUGACGGAGCAGAUGUUGGCAAUGACGAGCAAGAUCGUGACGCGGUCUCAGACGCUUCUCGAGAGUCGUCUCCCGAGCCAUCUCGAGAGAGCUCGGCCCCGGAUGACGAGGAGAGUCAGAGACGGGAUUCGGACGAAAAUGGGGAAAGCCCCCCAAGGAGAGAUUCUCCGGUUUCUGAAGAGGAGUCGGAAGCUGAACAAGGGUCAGAUGCGGAGACCCCAAACGACGAGAACGAUGAGCAAGGCGGCUCGUCGAAAGGCGCGACGAAACGUGGUCACACUCCAAGUCCGGAGCACAAAACCAACAAGAAGCGGAAAGUCGCCAUUGAAAGCGAUGAAAGUGAAGAUGGGGGAGAUAUUGCUGAAACGGAUACGCCGAAUGUGGAAGCUCAGAACGAAAUAACGCCCGCGAACACCCAAAAGGCGAAAAGACGGGCAAUCAUCGAGAGUGACGAUGAUAUGAGCGAAGAGUUAUAG